AUGUCAGUAUCGGAUGAUUCAGAUCAAGGCUCCACUGGACGUAUGCUGUCAAAGGCGUCGGUCCUAACUGAAGACCAAAAGAAGGUACGUAAUCCUUAAUGUAUUUUUAUCACACGCAGGAGACUAACAAGUAUAGGCCCACCACAUUGCCUCAGAACAAAAAAGAAGAGAGAAUAUCAGAUCAGAGUUUGAUAAGAUUGUGUCGUUGACUCCAACUUUAAAUGAGCUGGAGAACAGAUCGGAGUUAAACAUUCUUACUAAGUCUGCAGAUUACAUCGACCAAUUAAAAGAAGACAAUAAUAAAUUAAUUCAGUUAUGUAUUAGUAAAGGUAUAAACGUUCCUGACGAGUUGGUUUACAAAGGCCCAGGGUCAGGUUCGAUGUGA